AUGCUGCCAGUUAUAACAGUGAAGAUAUCUGGAAAGAACAAUCGACACAAACAAGGGAACAUUCUACUCGACUCUGGAGCACAAAUAAGUCUGAUUUGUACAAGUACAGCAAAGAAUUUGGAUUUAAAGGGAAAGGAUGUUUCGAUAACUAUUAGAAAAGUGGGCGGUGAAGAAGAAAUGUUGGCGACAAAAGUAUAUCAAGUUCCCAUUACGUCAUUGGAGUCUGGUGCGAAGUUCACAGUCAAAGCUGUUGGAAUUCCACAUAUUAGCGAUGACAUUUCAAAUAUCAAUAUUGGUGAAAUGGCAAAAGGAAUUGGAAUCCCUGAAGUGAAAAUUUACCGAGAAUGUGGCCCAAUCGAUAUGCUUAUUGGAAUUGAUCACGCUUAUAUGCAUACUGGAGACACAAAGAAAGUUGGUAACGUUGUUGCGAGACAUUCACCUCUUGGUUGGAUUAUUUUUGGAGCGAUACCAGGCUUGCAGCAAACAAGUAGAAUAUUUCAUGUCCAGUAUACAAGACCUGUAGAUCUCACUGACUUUUCGACGAGCGAAGCAAUGGGAGUUAGUCAAUCAAAUAUUGAAAUGCCAAAGUUGAGCAAGAUCGAACAAGAAGAAACCAAACUAAUCGAGCAAGGAUGCAAGCUAAUUGGAAAUAAAUGGGAAAUGGCGUACCCUUGGAAAACUGACCCCAAAACCCUUCCCGACAACCGAGAACAAGCUGUGAAGAAGAUGGAAGCAACUGAAAAACGAUUGAAAGGGAAUCUACAGCAUGCAAAAGCAUAUCAAGAACAAAUGGAGCAGAUGGAAGAUCUCGGGUUUUCACGAAAGCUAACAGAAAAAUAAAUAAAUGAUUACAAAGGUCCCGUUCACUAUAUAGCUCACCAUGAAGUUGUUCGACGUGAUAAGAAAAGCACGCCAGUAAGAAUCGUAUUUAAUUCUUCAGCAAGAUACAAGGGACACUGUCUUAACGAUUGUUGGAUAAAAGGUCCUGACCUUUUGAACAGCAUGUUGGGAGUUAUCCUCAGAUUCAGAGAGAAACCGGUCGCUGUAAGCGGAGAUAUAUCAAAGAUGUAUCACAGAAUUGGAAUACCUGAAGAAGACCAGCAUGUACAUCGGUUUUUGUGGCGAGAUAUGGAUACAACUAGACCACCAGACACUUACGUAAAAACUGUGUUAACCUUUGGUGACAAACCAGCACCGGCAAUGGCACAAAUUGCAUAUAUUGAGAAAGACGGCAGACCAAGCAGAAAACGCUCAUCCAUAUGCAGCCGAAGUGUUGAAAAAGAAUACGUACAUGGAUGAUAUUUGUGAUUCCGUACCCAAUGUCGAAUGUGCCCAGCAACUGACGAAAGAUCUGGACGAAAUCUUAGAUAAAGGAGGCUUUAAAGUGAAAGAGUGGUUAUCGAACGAAAUUCUAGAAGAAAAUCUACCGUCUGAAGAAAGAUCAAGUGUUAAGUUUUUGGAAGGUGAAUCCGAAGGAAAGGUUCUAGGUGUUGUCUGGAACAAUAGUAAGGACGCUUUCACGUUUAAAUGUAAAGCCAAUGAGCUAUCUGUACCGUCACAAGAAAAUUCAAGCGAGUUGAAAUUAACGAAGAGAAAGAUCCUUAGUAAAGUGGCUCGUGUAUUUGAUCCAAUUGGAUUCGCAGCGGCGUUCCUGAUCCGUGCAAAAAUCGGUUUACAACGACUCUGGCAGCAAGGAUUAGAUUGGCACGAAGAACUUUCAUCUGAGGCAUCAAAGUGGUGGACUGAGUUUUUUGCAGAAAUCGAGGACUUGAAUAAUGUCUCGUUCCCAAGAAGUUUAACACCAAUGAACACUAUUGGACUACCGACACUUUGUAUUUUUGCGGGCGCGUCUCGAGAUGCAUUUGGGGCAUGUUCUUAUUUACGCUGGGAAAAGUCAAGUGGUAAUUAUGAAAGUCGAUUUAUAUCUGCUAAGUCGAGAGUUGCCCCUCUUAAAGAAUUGACAAUACCUCGUUUGGAGCUACAGGCAGCAGUUCUAGCUAGUCGAUUGUACAAGACCAUAAUAGAAGAAUGUCGUUUACAGUUCGAGAGAUUUAUUUUCUUUACGGACAGUAUGAUAGUCCUUACAUGGAUUCGUAGUCAGUCAAGAGAAUUCAAACCAUUUGUGUCGAGUAGGGUUGCGGAAAUUCAAACGAAUUGUGAUCCAUCGACAUGGAGACACAUACCAAGUGAGCACAAUGUAGCCGAUGAUUUAUCGAGAGGCAUUCCAGCGAAAGAUCUAGAACACCGUUGGAAGAAUGGCCCAAAGUUCCUGAAUCAACCCAAAGAAGAAUGGCCUGAAAAACCAGCUAUGCUAAUCGAUCCCGCGGAACUCGACAAAGAACGUCGAAAUACCCAAGCAGCCUUUUCCUUAAGCACCGUACCGACAGUAAUUGACCCAACGAAAUUUUCGAAGUGGAAGAGAUUGUUGAGAGUGACGGCGUGGAUCUUACGAUACAUACGAAAUCUACGAUUAAAAACGAAACCCGAAGAUAAUGUCGACCCGUUAACAGCUGUUGAGUUAGAACAGGCCGAAGAGUUAUGGAUCAAGACAGCACAAAAAGAGUUACACGAACGUGUUAAGAACAAAGAGUUCAAUAUGCUUAGUCCAUUCACAGAUGACAAAGGAAUCAUAAGAGUCGGCGGACGAGUGGAUAAAGCUAUCGUAACGUAUGAUUCGAAGCAUCCAGUACUUCUUCCCAAGAACCACCACAUUUCAUACCUGAUUACCAAAGAUGUACAUCAGAUUACUCACACUGGGAUAGCGUCGACAGCGGCGAAAACAAGAAGAAAAUUUUGGAUUAUCGGAGUGCAAAAAUUGGCAAAGUUAAUCAAGAAAAAGUGUAUUUACUGUAAGAAGUCGCAUCCAAAGAUUGAAUCGCAAGUUAUGGCUGAACUGCCGAAGAUAAGAUUGAUGCCUCAAACACCUCCAUUUUACUAUACAGCUUGUGACUAUUUCGGUCCGUAUAAAGUCAAAAUUGGAAGAAAUAAAACCACUAAACACUAUGGUGUUUUGUUUACUUGUCUGAACACUCGGGCAGUUCAUUUGGAACUUGCAACAGACUGUUCAACAAUGGAAUUCACCCAAGUACUCCGAAGAUUCUUCGCGAUUAGAGGUUACCCUUCAUUAAUGUUGAGCGAUAAUGGAACACAACUGGUCGGCGCAGAGAGCGAAUUAGCAAAGAUGAUCCAAGGUUGGGAUGUGAAGAAACUCAAGGAGUAUGCAGCAGAUAAAAGAAUGGAGUGGAAAUUCAUUACUCCUAAUGCCCCACAUCAAAACGGAUGUGCCGAAUCGUUAGUAAAAAGUUGUAAAUUAGCCCUUAAACAAGCCAUGGGAGAUAACCUUCUCACACCAUUUGAAUUGCACACCGUACUGCUUGAAGUAGCAAAUCUGGUAAACCAACGACCAAUUGGUAGACCAACCAACGACCCCGAUGAUGGUACAUACCUAUGUCCGAAUGACCUUUUAUUAGAAAGAGCUUCCUCGCAUGUUCCACAAGGACCAUUCCUGAAGACAAAGAACCCGUUUCAUAGAGUUGAAUUUCUACAACAGAUUCUUGACUCGUUUUGGAAACGAUGGACCAGAGACGUCUUCCCCUGUUUAGUUUCACGAAAGAAAUGGGAUGUUCAACGACGCGAUGUCAAAGUCAACGAUAUUGUCAUGUUAGUUGAUUCGAAUGCAGUACGAGGCAAUUGGACGAUCGGAAGAAUUAUUGAAGUUCAUCCAGGUAAAGAUGGAAAAGUUCGAAAUGUAACAGUAAAAACACAAAAUGGUAAUUACCGAAGACCUAUUACUAAAAUCUCAGUAAUACACCCCGUGGACGGAGAAUAGAAUGAGAACAAUGUCCUCAUUGGGGUGGAGGAUGUUUCGCUAAGUUAAAAAUAGAUAAAUAAUUACGUCAUUGAACAGACAAAGUCACGUGACAGAAAAAUAGCGGGAAAUAAACACGUUGGUUUUAAGCUGUUUACUCGAGGUUUAACGUUCAGAAAUAGGUUUAUAUUUGGUGUAUUGUAAAGUGAUAUAGGCCAAAGAAGUAAGUUCAUGUUGUUUAUUAUUACUAAUUUACUUUAUUCAGUAGAUAAUUCUUGUAUUUAUACUUUUAGAUCGAAUAUUAUUACUACUACUAUUAA